UUAAGCGAACGGACCAAAUAAUAAAAGCAAUAUUCUAUAGCGAAAUGAAAGCAAUAGCAGACCGCUUUUCAUGCAUUAUAUUUCAUUUUCCUAAAUGCCUUAUCCAUUAAUAUAUUUUCAUAAUAAAACGACUUCAUCUUCGUAGUUGUAAGCCAUGUUGUUAACCGCACGCCUGGCCAAAGCCCUCCAACUCACCCUGGCGGUCGUCAAACCGGACGGCAUGGCGCACCCCCUGGUGUUGGAGGCGCUUCAUCAGAAGAUCCUGGACAACAGCUUUGUUAUUGUCAAAUGCAAAGACCUUGCCUGGAAGAAACAGGACUCUGAGAAGUUUUACGUUGAACACGCAGGAAGGUUCUUCUAUCAAAGACUUGUUGAAUUCAUGUCAAGUGGGCCGAUGCGGGCGUACGUUCUGGCCAGGGAGGACGCCGUGAGUCACUGGAGAGAGCUGAUGGGGCCCACGAAAGUGUUCAGGGCCAUAUACACCUCCCCAGCCUCCUUAAGGGGCCAGUUCGGACUCACUGACACCAGGAACACCACCCAUGGCUCAGAUUCAAUGGAGUCGGCGCGGCGGGAGAUCGGCUUCUUCUUCCCUGAGUUCUCCGUGGAGGCGUGGAUGCAGCAGGAGGAGCCAGCGUUCCGAGCCGGAAGGAUGGCGUACGAUGAGCGGCGACAGAUCCACACGCUUCCCACGCAGAGCUGAACCUCGGAAGCAAAUCACGCAGUUCUGUUAAGAACUCCCCGUUGCCAAAUG